UGUGUGACUCACGGCUGCGCGAGUAGUGCAUAAUAUUUCUUUAUUGGCGCCGGUGUACAUGCUUGGCGGCGGCGACACGGACACUGAUUAGAUGCAGUCGACGUCGGUCGGCGCACACGCGGACACCCUGCUUUUUUCGCCUUGGCUGUGCGUCGCUUUUUGAUAACCAAAGUGAGUGACCGACGGACGGCCGCAAACCCCGGGGAACUUCGCCGCCAGAAUGGAGUCGAACGGCGAGGAAACGUGUUCGGACAGCACCUUCCAGAGCGCCUUCGCCAGGGCUUUGGCGCAGGCGAGCGUCCGCCGCACCAAAUGCCAACCUGCAGCGGAAGCGGUCGUGCUGCAGCCCGACGAUCCGAUCGAGGAAAACAUCAAUCAGCAGCUCAAGCAGGAGUGCGAGAGAUUAAUGGAGGAAAACCGGCGUCUGAAAGCGUCGGCCGUGCUGUCCUCUCAUCUCAACAUCGACCACGAACAAAGAGCGGAAGUGACAUUGUUGCAGAGCAAAGUCAACACCCUGGCGUGGCAGUUGUCUCAGUCCGAGUCACGCAGGCGGAUGGUUUGCUCGGUUGCGGAGCAGGUCGCUACCUUUUUGGAUCGCGUCUCCAAAACUCUCACGGCCAGCAGCAGCAGCCCUGACAGCAGGCAGCAGCAACGCAGCAAUUCUGCUAGAUGCAGAAUACCGAGAUCACGGAGCUCACAAUCGACGGACGUGAGGGACGCGAUCGACGAGCGUGAAUUCACGCCUCGCACGUCGCUGCAACGCUCCAACAGUCAGUUGCACUCCGACUCGGAAUACUCGUUCGCCAGCAGCCGAAGGAGCAGCACAGUCUCGAUGGAAGCGGCGGAAAACGAAAAACUGGGCCAACAGGCGCGCAGGCUGGCGCGCACUCUCAAGUCCAUGCUGAACUCGCAGGAGCCGCCGGCCAUGUCCGAUGAGUCACCUUCCUCCUCCUUCAGCGAACUGCUGAGGAUGGCGAGCAAAAGAAGGUUAAACUACGAGCUGCCAGAAAAGCCGAUGAUCGUGCAGCAAGAAGCGGCGCCGCCGACGCGCCCUUCCCUGCCCUCGGACGUGACCUUCAUUUCGCCCCUGAUGCAGCACGACGGCACCUCCACUUGUUCCUCAAACAGUUCCUCUUCGUCCUCGCCCACCCUCAAGGCCAGGGACUCGGACGAAAGCGGAUUUUCAAGCAUCGGAUCCUUUCAAGAGGUCGGAUUACCUUCACCAAACGAAAUUAUUCCAAGGCACGUGCGAUGUCGAAGCUCGCCGAUGACGAGUAACAAAAACCACUCAGCUAGUCUCAACUACUACAACGACAGCAGCCAACUCAGCUCGGCCACUUUGGAGAUAGCCACCAUGGAAAAACUCAAAGUUUUGUGGGUGUAAUCACAAAAACCUGUAUUAAAAUUAAGAAUUGUAAAUGUAAAAAUGCUAAAAUUAAAUAAAAAUCACCAUGUAUAAUAAGAAAAAUAA